CCAUCUUUUUUUUCUGAAACUAACGAAGCCAUCUUCAAGCCCUCUGUUUCUCCUGGGAGAAAAGUUGAAGUUUUUUGUUUAAUUUCCGUGUUGGAGCUGAUUCGCGAUGGAGGGUGACGGUGGAAUUGAGAUUUCUGAGAAUGGAGACGAACCCCUGAUUGCAAAUAAUGGCGAAGAAGUGGAGAAGGCGCGAGGAGAUGAGAACGUAUUGCGGUUCCUCGAUUCGUUGGAUGGAUACUUGACGCUUAUCGAUUCUCUGAAUUCGACGCUUCGUCAGGGAUGGAUGGAUCUAGCUAGUGCCCGGCAUUCAAUGGGAGCUUUACGUGUCAACAGCGCUCUGUUAGACCUCAAGGUUCACCCCGCUGCUACGACAGUUCAAGUGACUGAAGAAGACGUUGACUCUAAGGGAACGGAACUUCAUUUUAGUUUGUCCAAAUGGGCAUCCAUUGGUAGCGGAAAAGGCUUCUCUGCCAAUCCAACAUCUAAAGAGGACAAACCUCGCAGUCCUCAGCUACGGCAUCGAGGCAUUUCAGACAACCCUUCAUCCCAGGAUGAAGCCUCGGUCAUGGCUGAUGAAGAGAUCAAAGAAGAACGAAAGAAAUCUUUGUCAGUAUUUGGAACUCUCGUCUCCCCAAAGCUCCGUAGCUCUCAACUAUCAUUCGAGACAGCUGUAGAGACUCUAGUGGAAAUAGCAAACAUGCGUUCAUCGUUGAUAUCAGCCUUUGAACGCGUCAACAAAGAACUAAAACCCGCGAAUCAAUGACACAAACCUCGGCUUCUUCCUUCAGGUAAUACAGAGUGCGGAAUUCUGCAUACUCCGUGGAAGUUUUGUUCGUACGGAUCCAGAUCUCACUCGGGUUUGUGUUUAGCAGAAGAGUUGCUGUGAAAUUCUUGAGUUCUUGAUAGAGCAGUAGGUUAUGUAUAAACCUAUGUAAGGUGCUCGUUUAUAGCCAUGAAAUGGGAGAGAAACACAACUAGAAUAAGCCCUCAUUUUGUGCCUUUGAUUCAGUAUGAUUUAAUCAUUAUUUUUAUAUUCAAGACA